AUGCCAAACUUACCUCACCCUCCGCACAGCACUACCUCGAAAACCCUUGGCCACCACUACUGCGUCGCAUGCGAUAAGCUUUUCAACUCUGCCGGUGGUCCUGUUGCCUUCUUCUACCUCAAACGGGCCGCCCCUCCAUCGCGAAUUCAUGAUGACGAAGACGAUGAGGAUGAUCAUGAAAAACGCGAAGAUAAUUGGGAAGACGAGCUAGCCUUGCAGGGCUGUGGAGGUGGCUGUCAAGACCCCGACAUCUACCCUGAGGACACAUCGUUUGAAGACGAAGAGGACCUCGGAGACCCUCCAUACGACUUUGUGGCAGAUUCAAAAGAUGGGUGGCUGGAGGAAGGUGUCAAAGAGCCGGACGAAUUCAAGUGCUCCAUGUGCUAG